AUGGCGAGUGAGGACGGACGGACGACGCCGCUGCAGGCAUUAAAGUCAAAUCUAGCCGCCGUCAUCUUUUUGCAUGCAGGCAUGCACAGUGCCAUGCAAGGCGCGCGCGGCGCGGCUAGACUAGAGAUGGCGUCCGCGGCCGGUGUCUCCAACAAGGAAGUAAAUCUGUCAACACCUUUGCACAAAGCAUUAUGCACUCCUUCCUUGUCUUGUUUGAAGCUAUUGAUUCAGGCUGGAGCUGAAGUGAAUGGCAUUGGUAAUCCUUUGGCAACGGCUGCACAGGAAGGCUUAACCGAAGCUAUCAAGUGCUUGUUAGAAGCUGGUGCAAACCCCAACACUACUGACUGGUGUGGUAGAUUUCCAAUAGAGUUGGCUGCUGUGUAUGGUACAAGGGAAGAUGUUGAGAUUCUGUUUCCUUUCACUUCCCCAAUUCCAACUGUGACAAACUGGAGCGUUGAUGGAAUAAUCAAUCAUAUGGAACUAGAAAGAAAGCAACAAGAGGAUGAUAAUUUUGUUGAAACGAGAAAGUCUGAUCUGAAAAGACAGGGCGGCGAUGCAUUUAAAAAGCAAGAUUAUAUAAAUUCCUCAGCAUUCUACACACAGGCAGUGAAGGUAGAUCCUUACGAUGCUGGAUUAUUCUCGAGCAGGAGUCUUUGCUGGCUCCACGCAGGUGAUGGGAAAAGGGCUUUGCAAGAUGCAGCUAGAUGCAAGAUGCUCCGUCCAAAGUGGGCAAAGGGCUACUACCGGCAUGGACAAGCUCUGAUGCUUCUCAAGGAGUAUGAAAAGGCUUGUGACACUCUCUCUGAAGGCUUAGAGCUGGACCCUAUGUGUGACGAGCUCGAGAAAUUGUAUUGGGAGGCAAUGGAGCUGAAGAAUGGCAGAGCACUGGGUCGCCGAUUCCCUUUUUGGUUGAUGUCCCCUGGGAACACGAGGAAGAAACACUCAGUAGUCUGUAGUUUCGGUGGUUGUUGGACUGUAUUCAGCACGUCACCAUCCAUGUGA